UGGGUCCUCCUGGGGGGUGGGAGGAGGAGGAGAAAAAGUGUUGUGUGCACUCGAGGAUCUGCCUCGUCCGCUUGAUAUUUAUUUAUUUCCAUCCUCCCUGGAGCUGGGCAGGUGGGCGGAAAGGAGGGCGCAGGAGCUGAGCAUCCAAGCAGGGAGCGGCUGAGACGGAUGCCCCGGUAGCCUCGCUAGCUCGGCCUCCUCUCUCCGCGGUCCCAUUUUUUUGUGGGUGCUUGGGCAUGGAUUUCAAUAUGAAGAAGCUGGCCUCCGACGCGGGCGUUUUCUUCACCAGGGCGGUUCAGUUCACAGAGGAGAAGUUUGGCCAGGCUGAGAAGACAGAGUUGGAUGCCCACUUUGAAAACCUCCUGGCCCGAGCAGACUGCACUAAGAACUGGACGGAGAAAAUCUUACGUCAAACCGAAGUCCUCUUGCAGCCAAACCCUAGUGCCAGAGUUGAAGAGUUCCUUUAUGAGAAGCUGGACCGGAAGGUGCCCUCUCGGGUCACCAACGGGGAGCUCCUGGCUCAGUAUAUGAUUGAGGCAGCCAAUGACUUCGGCCCUAAUUCCCCUUAUGGGAAGACCCUCAUUAAAGUUGGUGAAACACAGCGGCGCUUGGGCGGAGCAGAGAGGGACUUCAUCCACUCUGCCUCCAUCAACUUCCUCAGCCCUCUGCGCAAUUUCCUGGAGGGUGACUGGAGAACUAUUUCGAAGGAGAGACGGAUCCUGCAAAACCGCCGUCUAGACCUGGAUGCGUGCAAAGCAAGGCUGAAGAAAGCAAAGGCUGCAGAGGCCAAGGCAGCGUGUGAGGGAGAUGCUGUGCCUGACUUUAACGAGACUAGACCACGUAAUUACAUUCUCUCCGCCAGCGCAUCAGCGCUUUGGAGUGACGAGGUGGAAAAAGCAGAACACGAGCUCCGGAUGGCCCAGACUGAGUUUGACCGGCAGGCAGAAGUGACCCGCCUCCUCCUGGAAGGGAUAAGCAGCACACACGUCAAUCACCUUCGCUGUCUUCAUGAGUUUGCUGAAGCUCAGGCCACAUACUAUGCCCAAUGCUACCAGUACAUGUUGGACCUGCAGAAGCAGCUGGGAAGUUCCAGAGGAGAAAUGCUUCCUGGAACUUUUGUGGGCAACGCAGAGUCCACCUCACCUCCGCCAGUCACUGCCUCACCCACCACCAUUGCUGCAGGUGCUGCCACAGGCCCAGCCGUACCCAUCAUUCCGGUGGUGCCCACUGUCAUUGGAGCACCCAACUCUGCCCCUGCUGUUGAAGCCCUGAACCCCAGUGAUGUGAAGCCCCCUGCCAGCGGGACACGGAAGGCCCGGGUCCUCUAUGACUAUGAAGCAUCGGACAGCACUGAGCUGUCUCUGCUCUCAGAUGAGAUGAUCACUGUGUACAGCCUCCCAGGGAUGGACCCAGACUGGCUCAUAGGAGAGAGGGGCAAUCAAAAAGGCAAAGUCCCCGUUACCUACUUGGAACUUCUCAGUUAAGCACACCUGCCGAGGAUCCUCCAAGCAAGUCACACACCCUUCCCGUGACCUGACAUCGUUUUUCAAAGAGGCUGCUGACCACGUACUUCCAUCUAAGGCCAUUUGCUCUCCCCCUUCACUCUGUGUUUGGAUUAAGGCACAGAGGCAACCAAUGAGCUUUCCAAGGUUCUUAAGAUCGACUCUGUCAACCAUUCCCACAAUUGGCUUCUAGAGUUGGUGGGACCCUCUAUGGUCCAAUAAGCCCUUUUGAGGAUGGCUGACAGGUGAAAUGAGGACUAGCCCCUUUCUUUUGUCCUCUUCCUACUUGUUUCUGCUGCAAUUAUUUGGGUCAAACCAAAUGGAAUUAAUGGAAGUCACCUGUAAUAGGCUGUGUCCUUCCCAUCCUUUUUGUUCCCGCAAUUGUUUUUGACCCAGGUCCUGCUUCUAGCUAUUUUAUGUAUUCUGCUGGAGUCAGUUGUAGGGAGAGCUGGGCAUCCGUGGCAGCAAAAAUCUGGUUUAUUUUCAGAUUUAAGAUAAGCCUUUUGAGUCCCCUUGCAAAGAAGAAUGUUUUAAAUGAACUACUGAGUCAGGCAGAGGAUGAAGGGGGUGGGGGUAAAGAGAUGUAAAUGUCAGCAACCCAACUGAAGGCAAAAUCCUCACUUUAUCCCAUUAUUAUUGACUCCUGUCAACAAUUACUGUGGCAAUGAAAGGAAGAUGAAAAACACUGAAAAAAUUAAUGGGUUAUAGUUAAGUCUUGGCCUGGUUUAGCUGCUUAAAAUACUUGCUAUGAUUUUAUGUGGGGCUGAUUUGUUUGUUUGUGUGUGUGUUAUUUCUGAGUUUACAUUUCCAGCUGUCUUUCCAGCUGACCCAAAAUAACAUUCCACCUUUCAAAAAGCUGCCUUUAUCCUCUCCCCCUCCUCCCUGUUGAAACUGGCAAGGCUCAUAACCAGAGCUCACUGCUCAAUUUCUUGACAUGCCCUUCGAUUCUGCCCCACAUUGGUUCAGCUUGCACAUCCCCAGCCAUGAGGGCAGGAGACUCUUGGAGUAAUAUGAGAUGCAUUCUGAAACAGCCCAUCCUUACCUAUGGGCCUCCUCCAGUUCUCACCUGGCCCAGGUAUCAAGUAAGCCAUAAAUCUUUUGCUGGAGACAAGAACCCAUCUGAGAGAGAGAGAAAAUGUACUUUCUUUUGUAGGACAGGUCUUAGUGCAGAUUAAACCUUCCAUCCUGCUGCUCCUGGGCUGACACAACCUGGCUGGCUUAUUUUGUGUUUUGAACUUUUAUUUUUUUUCAUCUUGAGCCUUUUGUGGAUUAUCCUGAUGUAACAGAUUUCAGAGCACUUCCAUAUGGUUGACUUUUGCCAAUAAAACACCUAGCCUGCA